AUGGUUGGAAGAAGCGUAACACCCACGCCAACUUUUGCUGAUGCGCUUUCAUACGUAAGGUCUGUGAGGGAUGCAUUCCAUGAUGAACCUGCAAAAUAUCGAGAGUUUCUCAAGCUGUUUCAUAAGAUAAUAAAUGCUUUUAAUGCUCGAAGACUCGAUACAGGUACUGUCAUUGCAAGGAUGGAGAAACUCUUGAAAGAUCACUUGAAUCUGCUUCUUGGUUUCAAUGCCUUCCUUCCACCUGGAUUUCAGAUAACCAUCCCACCUGAGGCUAGCAAAGAGUUGGGAAAUGGGGCAACUAUGGAUGAUGCGACUUCAUACCUCACUGCUGUGAAGAAAGCAUUUCAUGAGGAACCUGCAAAAUAUGCCCAACUUAUUAAGCUUUUGAAUGAUUUUAGAGCUCGCAGGGUUGAUACUGCUAUUGUCAUUGAAAGGGUGGAAGAACUCAUGAAAGAUCACCAGAAUCUGCUUCUUGGUUUCAGUGUCUUUCUUUCGCCUAAAGCGAAUUUUAUCAGGAACCUUAAGGCAAGGUUUCAGGGAGAUGGUAGUCAUGUAGUUAACUCAGUUCUCCAGAUAUUGAGAAUCUACAGAGAGGGAAACAAGUCCAACGAUGAGGCGUAUAUUGAGGUCAUUCGACUUCUUCAGGGUCAUGAAGAUUUAGUCAUUGAGUUUUCAGAUAUCUUCAGUAUUAGAGUCUAA